AUGCUGAUGCCCCUGUGUGGGCUGCUCUGGUGCUGCUGCUGCUGUGGCUGGUACUGCUGUGGACUGUGCGCCCCAGCUCCCCAGAUGUUGCGCCACCAGGGUCUCCUCAAGUGCCGCUGCCGCAUGCUCUUCAAUGACCUGAAGGUUUUCUUACUGCGGCGCCCUCCUCCAGCGCCCCUGCCCAUGCACGGCGACCCCCAGCCCCCCGGUUUGGCGGCCAACAACAACACCCUUCCGGCUCUGGGCGCCGGGGGGUGGGCAGGCUGGAGGGGCCCUCGAGAGGUGAUGGGCAGGGAGAUCCCUCCUUUGCCACCUCCACCACCUUUGCCACCUUCCUCUGUGGAAGAUGACUGGGGUGGCCCAGCCCUAGAGCCACCUGCCUUGCUGCUCAGCAGUGCCUCCUCAGAUGACUUCUGCAAGGAGAAGGCCGAGGACUGCUACUCACUGGGCAGCAGCCUGGACAGUGGUAUGAGGACCCCACUCUGCCGCAUCUGCUUCCAGGGGCCAGAACAGGGGGAGCUGCUGAGCCCCUGCCGCUGCGACGGCUCGGUCAAGUGCACGCACCAACCCUGCCUCAUCAAGUGGAUCAGCGAGCGGGGCUGCUGGAGCUGCGAGCUGUGCUACUACAAGUACCACGUCGUCGCCAUGAGCACAAAGAAUCCCCUGCAGUGGCAGGCCAUCUCUCUGACAGUCAUCGAGAAGGUUCAGAUUGCAGCUGCCAUCCUGGGUUCCCUCUUCCUCAUCGCCAGCAUCUCUUGGCUCAUCUGGUCGACCUUCAGUCCCUCGGCAAAAUGGCAGCGCCAAGAUCUUCUCUUCCAGAUCUGCUACGGGAUGUACGGCUUCAUGGACGUGGUGUGCAUAGGUCUCAUCAUCCACGAGGGACCCUCGGUGUAUCGCAUCUUCAAACGGUGGCAGGCCGUCAACCAGCAGUGGAAAGUGCUGAACUAUGACAAGACAAAAGACCUGGAGGAUCAAAAGUCAGGGGGCAGGACCAACCCCCGGACCUCCUCAUCCACGCAGGCCAAUAUCCCCCCCUCGGAAGAGGAGGCGGCAGGCACCCCUGCCCCCGAGCAAGGCCCUGCCCCGGCGGCCAGCCACCCCUCAGGCCCUCCGUCCCAUCACCACUGUGCUUACACCAUCCUGCACAUCCUGAGUCACUUGAGACCUCAUGAACAGCGGAGCCCCCAGGGCAGCAGCCGAGAGCUCGUCAUGAGAGUCACAACCGUGUGA